AUGUGUCGCUGCACCGACCCGGGGAACAUCCUGGUGGGCGACGACGGGGAGGCGAAGCUGACCUUUGAGGUGACUUUUGAGUCGACUCAAAAACAUCCUGAGUACAUGUCAGGCCCCACGACAGCCAUCCCAGAGGGCGACGUGUUCAGCCUCGGCGUCGUGUUGCUCGAGCUGCUCACCGGGACCCACCACAGCCGCCCCAGAGGUCGAUGUGUUCAGCUUUGGAGGCUUCCCCUCCCUCUGUACCCCCCCUCCCCCUUCCCCCCAGAGUACAUGUCCGGACCCACAACAGCCACCCCAGAGGGCGAUGUGUUCAGCUUCGGAGUCGUGCUGCUUGAACUGUUGACAGGGAGGCCGCCCUUAGACCCGUGGUUUGCGGAGAAUGAGCUGGGGGACGUGAUUGGGUGGGUGAACGUGUGCGUGGAGGAGGGGGCAGCGGGUGACGUGUUGGACCCGCGUGUGGCGGAUAUAGCGGAGUGUGAGGGUGAGAUGCUGGAGGUGCUUAAGAUUGCGCUCGUGUGUGUGGGCGAGGAGGCGGAGGAACGGCCGUCCAUGGCGGAUAUAGUGUCGAUGCUUGAAAGGGUGGGGGAUGAGGGCAGUGGGUAG